AUGCCUAAGUCAAAGGAACUUGUGUCUUCAAGCUCAUCUGCCAGUGAUUCAGAUAGUGAAGUUGACAAAAAGGCAAAGCGGAAAAGGCAAGUAGUUCCAGAAAAGCCCGUAAAGAAACAAAAGCCUGGUGAAAGUUCAAAAGGUGCAGCUUCUUCUAAGCAAAGCAGUAACAGAGAUGAGAAUAUGUUUCAGAUUGGCAAAAUGAGGUAUGUCAGUGUUCGUGACUUUAAGGGAAAAGUCUUAAUUGAUAUUAGAGAAUAUUGGUUGGAUCAAGAAGGUGAAAUGAAGCCUGGCAGAAAAGGUAUUUCUUUAAAUCCAGAACAGUGGAACCAGCUGAAGGAACAGAUUUCUGAUAUUGAUGAUGCAGUAAGAAAACUGUAAAUACAGAGCUAUACAGAAACCUUUUAUCAUUUUAGUUGUUUUAAGUUGUCUUUUUACAUUGGC